AUGUGGAAUUUUGUGGCAACUUUUAGAAUUGUUUGCAUUGGAGAUGCUCUAACUAAAUCUGAAAAACAAGGCCUGGCUGCUGCUCUGUGUUGGGCAGUUUGGGGAGCGAGAAAUGAUGUUGUAUGGCAAGGGAAAUCGUUUAAUUUUUCAGCCAUAGUCGCCUCUGCUAAAAGCUAUCUUGAUCAAUGGAAAUACGCUCAAAAAACUCAAAUUGAGUCAUUAUGGUCUGAUCUUCAAGACUAUGAUGGGAUGGAGCGUUGGAUUAAACCUCAGGUUAAUAGUAUCAAGAUCAAUGUAGAUGCUGCUAUCUUUGAAGGACAAAACCGAUUUGGAAGUGCCUUGGUGGUUCGUGACCAUCAUGGUAUGCUUAUCGAAUGCCGUACCAAAUUACACAUUGGUAAUAUUGCUCCGUCCAUUGCUGAAGCUCUGAGCUUUCGGGAAGCUCUAAGUUGGAUCAAAGACCAAAUUUACAAUGAAGCUUGGGUCGAGACGGAUUGCUUAGUGGUUGUACAAGCUUUGCGGAACUCGACUAUCUUGUCUUCUCAUUUUGGAUGUGUGAUCCAAGAUUGCAAAGCCAUGUUGGCUAGUUUGAAUAAUGUCUAUUUUUGUUUUGUUAAGCGGUCAGCUAAUAGAGUUGCUCAUGAGUUUGCCAGAGCAUCUUUAUUUUAUCCUGAUUGUACCUUCAGUAUGGAAAAUAUUUCAACUGAGUUGUUGCCUACUUUGGUAACUGAUUUCGAAGGUUAA